UUGGCGAAUGAACAUAAUAUUAACAUUUAAUUCGCGGAGGUGUGUGUCCUGUUCUGUAGUGCUUACUUGAAAACUGUUGAAAAUAGAAGUUAUUCAAUUACUUUGUUCAUCAAAUUUGGUACCUAAUUAAUACAUGAAACAUAAAUGGCAGAGAUAAAGUCGUGUGUAGCGGUUGGGUGCGGUGCCAACUCCGAAGUAUGCCCUUAUCUGUUCUUUUUAAAAGUUCCGCAAAACCCGGAACGCAGGGUUGACUGGUGCGAUGCAAUGGGUGUCCCAGCUCGGAAAGGUCGGCUCUAUUGCUGCACACGUCAUUUUGAUAUACCCAACGACUUCGAUGGUGAUGCAUCCGCAGACAAAACCAGUGGAAUUCGUUUGAAAUUGAAGGGAGAUGUUCUACCGCACAAAGGAAUUUCAUAUCAGCUUGAAAUUAAAAACAUUUACGCCAUCUUCGACCAAAUGAAAAAGACUGGAAAGGUAGAGAAAACAUUUAAACACUUGUUACCUGCUAUUGAACAAGAUCUCGGUAUAAAAGUGCCACUAAAUAUAAAACCAUCGAUGUUGGAUAGAGCAUACACUUUGCUAAUAGACAACGUUUAUGAAUACUUUAAAAGUGAUCGUGUCAUAUCACGAUACCAAUUAGUUCAGCAUUUAAAAAGCUCUAGUGACAAAAUUACUGAAAUAGUAAAUGAAAAAGUUGUAAGAGGAACACAUGUAGGAAGUAUACAUUGGCGAACAAUUCAGCCAUUUCUUCAAUACGAAGCGCACGGAAGCUUAGAUUUACCCAUUGAUCAUGAACAACUAGAGCUGCUGUUUUUCGAAUCUGAGACAAAUCAACUAAAGGCUUACUCACGUCCAAAAAAUAAUAAUGUACGCGUUCCUAAUGACAACUCGGAUUUCAAACAUCUGUUUUUCACUCCAGGAAUACGAGUAAAUCUAAAUUUACCAUUUUUAGAAAUGGUACGACAAGUCAUAUCUAACUGUGAACGAUUCGUUGUCACCCCUAAAGGAGCCAGUCCGAAAAAUUCUGGCCUCAAACCAAAUGGAAGAGAAACUUUUCAAAAAGUUGAUAACCCUUAUAGACUUAAAUCUUCUAAGGUGGGACAAAACAUUACGCUGGAAUAUUUGGACAUUCUGAUCAAUUUAAUAGAGUCGUAUGACUUCAUGAUGAAUCAAAAUCAGCGAUCGACUCUAAUAUUUUUACUGCAGCAAAUUCGAAAUGAACUAUCGGAUUAUGAAAUGAAAGAACUACAAGUCACAUAUGGUUGCUACUUAUCGAAGUACAAAUAUUACCGAUUAAUAAAUAACGAUAUCAAACCGGAUAGUCGAGAUGGUGAACAAUACUUAUACGUAAAAGAAGUAAUAAAUCCAGAACUCAAUUUUCAAUUUUUGAAAGCUAUCGAUAUCGAUAUGAAAGAUUUCAGUAAAAUUGAGGAAUAUUUUGUUCCCAUUCUUGGAUAUGCUGAUGAAAAUCCAAACUAUUCCGAAGGGAGUCAAUAUUUGCAAUUUUCUGAACAGCUGAAAAAAGCAAUCACUUUUUCCUGUGACGAAUGCAAUACUACCUUUGAUUCUGCUUUGGCAUGGGUCACAAUACAGGAACACAGAUUUUGCGGUUGGAAAAAAUGGAAAUGUGCGAAUUGUCAACUGGAGUUCCAGGAACGUGAGAUUGCGGCCUGCAAAUGGAACCAUACCUGUGUCGAAAACUCACAAUAAAUGUAAUGGUACUAUUUUAAA